AUGUAAUGCAAUCGACAAUAAAACGCGUGUUUUAACUAAUCGUAUGUCUCGUGGAUUGUAAUUAAUUAUUAUUAUUAUUAAUAAUCAUUGAAUUGUUGUUUUAAAUUAAUAGUUUUACUGACCGUCACUUUGUUUGUCGUUUUUUUGUCGAUUUAUCACUUCUUAAACAUUUUAAUUAGUGGACAACACAUCACUUGUCAAACAAAUCUGCAUUUUAGUUGAUAGUAUUUGACAAACCAUAUCCUCAGUUGAUUUUAUCGAUUUGUUGUUUAUUUGAUCCAAUAAAAGAUGCCGUCGGACAACAAGAAGAAAAGAGAUCAGAAGAAGAAAGAAAUGGCGAAACAAAGAGACCACAAGAAGGCUGCCGGUAAAACCGAUAAUGAAGAUACCAAUGAAGAGACAGCAAAAGUAAACGGCGACUCAUUGCCCGUCACUGAAGAGGAAAAGUUAGUCAAGUCUUUGGAAAAAGACAUGGAUUUGAACUCCGAUGCCCGAGCCUGUACUGGUGUGCUGGCCAUACAUCCGCGCUCAAGAGAUAUUAAAAUUGAUAACUUCUCCAUUACUUUUCACGGCGUUGAGAUGUUUCAAGACACGAAAGUUGAGUUGAAUUGUGGCAGAAGAUAUGGUCUGAUUGGACUUAAUGGUAGCGGAAAAUCUACAUUAUUGGCAUCUUUGGGUCGUCGAGAGGUUCCCAUUCAAGAUCACAUCGAUAUUUAUUAUUUGACUCGUGAAAUGCCUCCUUCAGAUAAAACAGCUCUCGAGUCGGUAUUAGAUGUCGAUCAGGAAAGAGUUCGUUUGGAAGCUUUAGCUGAAGAGUUAGCUCAAUAUGAUGAUGAAGAAAGUCAGGACCAAUUAAUGGAUAUUUAUGAACGACUCGAUGAAAUUGGUGCCGACAAAGCAGAGGCAAAGGCUGCUUAUAUUUUAAGUGGUUUAGGUUUUACUAAAGAUAUGCAAAAUAAGAAAACCAAAGAUUUUUCUGGUGGUUGGAGAAUGAGAAUAGCAUUGGCCAGAGCUCUAUACGUCAAACCACAUCUAUUACUUCUGGACGAACCAACCAAUCAUUUGGAUUUAGACGCCUGUGUUUGGCUGGAAGAAGAACUAAAAUCUUAUAAACGUAUUUUGGUUCUUAUAUCUCAUUCACAAGAUUUUCUGAAUGGUGUCUGCAAUCAAAUCAUUCACAUUCACGACCGAAAACUAAAGAAUUAUGGAGGAAAUUAUGACGCGUUUGUUAAGACACGAGAAGAACUUCUUGAGAAUCAAUCUAAACGAUACAAUUGGGAACAAUCACAGAUUGCACACAUGAAAGACUAUAUCGCCCGCUUUGGUCACGGAAGUGCUAAACUCGCGCGUCAGGCACAGAGUAAAGAGAAAACGUUAGGAAAAAUGGUUGCAAACGGAUUGACUGAAAAAGUUGUGAGCGAUAAGACGGUUCAGUUUUACUUUCCUUCUUGUGGUACAAUCCCUCCGCCAGUCAUUAUGGUUCAGAACGUAUCCUUUAGAUAUAACUCAGAGACGCCUCAUAUUUAUAAAAAUUUGGAUUUCGGUAUUGAUUUGGAUUCAAGAGUAGCAUUGGUUGGUCCGAACGGAGCCGGAAAGACUACACUUCUUAAGUUGCUUUGUAGUGAAUUAGUACCAACUGAUGGUAUUGUGAGAGUUCACAGCCAUUUAAAGAUUGCUCGAUAUCACCAGCACUUACACGAACAGCUCGAUCUGAAUUUGUCUGCACUCGAGUAUAUGAUGAAAUGUUUUUCAGAAGUUAAAGAAAGAGAGGAAAUGCGUAAAAUUAUUGGCAGAUUUGGUCUAACAGGUCGACAACAGAUUUGUCCAAUUAGACAAUUAUCUGAUGGUCAGAGAUGUCGAGUAGUGUUUGCUUGGUUGGCCUGGCAGUGCCCGCAUUUACUACUAAUGGACGAACCUACCAAUCAUUUAGAUAUUGAGACAAUUGAUGCUUUGGCCGAUGCUAUUAAUGAUUUUGAGGGCGGAAUGGUAUUAGUUAGUCACGACUUUAGGCUUAUAAGUCAAGUGGCUCAAGAGAUAUGGGUUUGUGAGAAGGGAACAGUUACUAAAUGGGACGGAACUAUACUAACAUAUAAAGAACAUCUUAGGAAAAAAGUUCUCAAGAAUAUUGAAAAACAACAAAAAUAACAUAAUUAGUGCUGAAAUUGGUUAGUAAGUUGUGGUGCACUGAGAUAUCAGCAAAAAUAAAGUAAUUUCUAAACUUAUCCACAGUAUAUAUGAUAUAAAUUAUAUUAAUUUUUAUUAGUAAAUAUUUUA